AAUUAACGGUAGUCCAAGUUUUGUACUGGUUGACGCGCCAAAAUGGUGGUUUUGUAAACCUUCGGUGACUAGUGCUUUCACUCGGUCAAGAAUCUUUUGCUGUAACUGUGACAGUGUUUUCAGUAAGUGAGAACAAAUGCUGAACUAACCAUGGCUGAACGCCCAGAAGAUUUGAAUCUCCCCAACGCUGUUGUUGGCCGCAUUAUUAAGGAAGCGAUUCCAGAAGGCGUUAAUGUAUCUAAAGAAGCUCGACUUGCUAUUUCAAAGGCUGCCAGUGUGUUUGUGUUGUAUGCAACAUCAUGCUCUAACAACUUUGCUCUGAAAGGAAAGAGGAAGACUAUCAGUGCACAAGAUGUACUAAAUGCCAUGGAAGAGAUGGAAUUUGAGCAGUUUAUUGAUCCCCUUACAAGUGCUUUAGAAGCCUUUCGAAAAGAAAUGCGAGGGAAGAAAACUGCAGCAGAAAAGAAGAAAAAGGAGAAGGAAGCAGUGAAUUCCUCAUUGGAAGAAGGAGGCACCAGUGGUGAAAAAGAAGAGAGUGAUGAAGAAGUCACUUACCAGGGCGAAGAAAACGAUGGAUUUAUUAUCACAGUGAACGACGACAAUGAAGAAGGAGAAGAGGUGGAAGAGGAUGUGGAAGAGGUUGAAGAUGGCUGAGAAUCAAUGGUGUGAUUUCUGAUGUCUGUUGUGGUUGCAAAAGUGGACUUCAUGGGUCUGGUGUGUGAAGAAACAAAAAUCUUAAGUGUAUGUCAAGCUUUAUUUUCAUGUGUAAUGUCUCGUGUUAAAAGAAACAUGUUAAACACUGGU